AUUUUCGCGCCAUUCUCUGAAGUGACCGCCGGUGUUCUGUGUUCUAGCCGUCAUGUCUGGUUUUGAUGAUCCCGGUAUUUACUACAGUGACAGCUUUGGUGGAGAACAGCAAACGGGGGAUGAUGGGCAGGCGAAGAAGACCCAGCUCAAGAAGCGGUUCCGCGAGUUCCUCCGACAGUACCGAGUGGGCACUGACCGCACCGGGUUCACCUUCAAAUACAGAGAUGAACUCAAGCGGCACUAUAACCUUGGGGAAUACUGGAUUGAGGUGGAGAUGGAGGACCUGGCCAGCUUUGAUGAGGAUCUAGCAGACUAUCUGUACAAGCAGCCCACAGAGCACCUGCAGCUGCUAGAGGAGGCAGCUCAGGAAGUGGCAGAUGAAGUCACUCGCCCUCGACCUGCAGGUGAAGAGACUAUCCAAGAAAUUCAGGUCAUGCUGAAGUCUGAUGCCAACCCUGCCAACAUCCGAAGUCUGAAGUCAGAACAGAUGUCUCACCUGGUGAAAAUUCCAGGCAUAAUCAUCGCUGCAACAGCCGUUAGAGCCAAAGCUACCAAAAUUUCUAUCCAGUGCCGCAGCUGCCGUAACACAAUCGGUAACAUCUCUGUGCGACCUGGUCUUGAGGGCUAUGCCAUGCCACGGAAAUGCAACACUGAGCAAGCUGGCCGACCCAAGUGCCCCCUGGAUCCCUAUUACAUCAUCCCUGAUAAGUGUAAGUGUGUGGACUUCCAGACUUUGAAGCUGCAGGAGUCGCCUGACGCCGUGCCCCACGGAGAGAUGCCACGUCACAUGCAGCUGUAUUGUGACAGAUACCUGUGUGACAAAGUGGUUCCUGGGAACAGAGUCACCAUCAUGGGGAUCUACUCCAUCAGAAAGAGUGGCAAAACAUCAACAAAGGGCCGCGAUCGAGUGGGUGUGGGGAUCCGGAGCUCCUACAUUAGGGUAGUAGGGAUCCUGGUGGAUACUGAAGGCACAGGAAGAAGUGCUGCAGGUGCCGUGACACCACAGGAGGAAGAGGAGUUCAGGCGUUUGGCAUCCAAACCAGACAUCUACGAGACCAUUUCUAAAAGUAUAGCUCCCUCCAUCUAUGGCAGUAGUGAUAUCAAGAAGGCUAUUGCGUGCCUGCUCUUUGGGGGUUCUCGCAAGAGACUCCCAGACGGAUUGACACGGAGAGGAGAUAUCAAUCUUCUGAUGCUGGGAGACCCUGGAACAGCUAAGUCUCAGCUGCUGAAGUUUGUGGAGAGGUGUUCUCCAAUUGGGGUUUACACCUCUGGAAAAGGCAGCAGUGCAGCUGGUCUGACAGCCUCUGUAAUGCGUGAUCCUGUGUCCCGUAACUUUAUCAUGGAAGGAGGAGCCAUGGUGCUAGCAGAUGGAGGUGUUGUGUGCAUUGAUGAGUUUGAUAAGAUGCGAGAAGAUGACAGAGUUGCCAUCCAUGAGGCGAUGGAGCAACAGACAAUCUCUAUUGCCAAAGCAGGCAUUACAACCACCCUGAACUCUCGGUGUUCUGUGCUGGCUGCAGCUAACUCUGUUUACGGUCGCUGGGAUGACACAAAAGGGGAAGAGAACAUAGACUUCAUGCCCACCAUCCUCUCCAGAUUUGAUAUGAUCUUCAUUGUGAAGGAUGAGCACAACGAGCAAAGGGACAUGACUCUUGCCAAGCAUGUGAUGAAUGUGCAUUUGAGUGCUCGUACACAGACCCAAGCAGUGGAGGGCGAGGUUGAGCUGAACACACUGAAGAAAUAUAUUGCGUAUUGCAGAGUGAAGUGUGGUCCACGACUCUCAGCAGAAGCAGCAGAGAAGUUAAAGAACAGGUAUAUUCUAAUGCGCAGUGGAGCUCGGGAGCACGAGAGAGAAAGCGAGAAGAGAUCCAGCAUCCCUAUUACAGUCAGGCAACUGGAAGCCAUUGUCCGUAUCUCUGAGUCGCUCAGUAAGAUGAAGCUGCAGCCGUUUGCCACAGACACAGAUGUAGAUGAGGCACUGCGGUUAUUCCAGGUGUCUACGUUGGAUGCUGCCAUGUCUGGAAGCCUCUCUGGUGUUGAAGGAUUCACUACACAGGAAGAUCAUGAGAUGCUUUCACGUAUUGAAAAGCAGAUGAAGAGGAGGUUUGCUAUUGGUUCCCAGGUUUCUGAACACAGUAUUAUCCAGGACUUUAUAAAACAGAAAUAUCCUGAGCAUGCUAUACACAAGGUACUGCACCUGAUGAUGAGACGUGGAGAGAUCCAGCAUCGUCUGCAACGCAAAGUUUUGUAUCGCAUUAAGUGAGCGUUUAAUGUUCAGCGAGGAUUGUGAUUAUGGACAAAGGAUAACCCUUGCACAGUGGAAGCCUCUUGGAGUUGGGGACACCGGUUUUUCCAUUUCACACCGCCCCCUCCUAAAACUAGACAAAGUCAUUUGUGGCUCCUGGAAAUUUGGUGAAUCUUAAUUGAUCUGUGCUUAAGGCUGAAGAUGGCACCUGGCUGUUAUGCUGCUUAUUUCCUAAAAAUCGAACUGAGUUGUUUUCUCUGUUAGUGACACAGAUCUGUAAAUGGCACAGAUCUGACUUAUUUUGUAUCUAACUUCUGACAUAGCUGUUCCGGUGUUGGCUCUUGGAGAUGCAUCAUAUGGACCUUGUUACUUUUUAUCUCCUAUACACUGGUAGUCAUUCAUGAUAAAUAAAAAAAAAUUUUGUACUUAAAAGAUAAUAAAAACAUUUGCAUAUCCUUGUA